CUCUACCCAGAAGUCCUGCCCUCUUUUCCUUUUAAACUUUCCCUGGCAUGGAGUUGGCACUUCCCCUUUCCUGUUACUUGAUGUGGUUCUACAUUUUUGGUCUAAGUGCUGACUCUGUACCUCGCAGCUCGUUAGUGACUUUCCAAGAUGAAUCUGUAUCUGAGAGCGGAGAAACAUGCAAAGGAAUCGUCCUCCUCACCGCCAAUCAGUCAAGCAGCUUGGUGUGUGAUUCCCUUUGGAGUGUGGAUUCCCCUCUUGCUCAUGUUGUGUGUCAGGAAUCUGGCUGUGGAAAGCCAAACCAUACGUGGACAUUGCAGUCUGUGCCCCAUCUAGAUGCCGUCCAAGGAGUACAAUGCACAGGAGAUGAAUCAAGUGUGAGAGAAUGUGAGGAUACAGGGCAUAUUCAACAGAACUGCACUCUUCAGAGCAUCGCCGCUCUAACAUGCAACCAGAAUAUCAAACACAGUCCAGGUAACUGUUUCAUGCGGCUAUCCAAGGGUCGCAGCUCAUGUGAUGGACAUAUAGAGGUUAUGACUGGGAAUACUUGGAGCCCUGCAUGUUUUACAGGCAUCAAGGACAGCGAUCCCCAGGUCCUCUGCCAGCAGAUGAAUUGUACAUAUGAGCGCCCUGCUUUCUCUUCUGUGUACAAGCAUAAAUCACGGGCAGCUGUUAUGAUCCAGUGUCAAGGAAACCAAACCUCUGUCUGCGAUUGUUACCACCAUAGUGUGAAUAUUUGCCAACCUGGUCUCACUACAUAUCUGCAGUGUAGUAGACCAAGGAUGGAUGAGUCCUGGUUAGUGUGGGCUGGCAUAUGUCUUGCUGCAAUGUGUAUUGUAGCAAUGUGCUGGGUACGUGCUACCAAGUCCUGGAAAAGAUGUGCUCCAUCUUUGUAUAGAAAUAUACGGUCAUGUCUCUCCUGUCCCUCAAACACUUAUGAACGGGGUCGCCAGAACUCCAAACGACGCAGGAACAUUUAUGAGACCCCUAACCUUGUAGUCCAAGAGACCAGUAGCCCUCCGUCCUCCCCUACUAUCCUACAGAAUCCAACAGAAGUGAAUGCCCUGCUGGCUCCGCAUGGUUUCCGCCUUAAUAAUACAAUUACUCCUCCUCCCAGCUACAUGCAUGCUCUCAAAAUCCUCUCACGACCCUUGGAAAACUCACAGACUCCACCACCCAGCUACCUAGAAGCUCUGAAAAUUCUCUCUAGGCCAGUGCUGGUACACGUUCAUGCCGAAGAGGACUGCGAGGAGAAGGAGGAUCUGACGGCUUACACUUAUGGGGAGAAGGAAGGCAAUACUCAGGACAAUUGAUGAGUCCUGCUAAUAUUCAGUAAUGCAUACAGAACAUAUAUGCUGACUAAUGAACGUCUGAAGAUCAGCAUUACUCCAUUGGCCACAUGUAUUAUUUCCUCGCCACGGUUUCCGUUGUUCUUGAUAAUGUUUCAUACUAUGUAAUUUAAAUAGCUCUAUUAGUGCAUACAAUAAGUAUGCCAACCUACACGUGUAAGCAUGUCUGCCCAUGUCCAUUAAUAUUUAACCUGGGAAAAACUUGAAUUUGUGGAUGGCAGUUAAUUAAUUUCCAAAACUCCCAGUUUCCAGAUAAAUCCACUUUUCCCUUCGUUACAUAGCUUUUUCUUGUGCAGUCCCUGGUUCUUUAGGUGGGUACAGGAAAUAUGCAAUUUGUAUUUUGUUGACAGAUGUUACAUAAUGUCAAGGAUUCACUUGUAAAGUGUUGGCUUCAAAAUGUCAAGCAUAUAAAUGGUGACACUAGAGUGGUUCUCCCUUCAUGUAUCUAGCACAGUUUACAGUGGGAUAACCCCCACAUCCUUAAAGUGCUGGGAGUUACUGAGUUGUACAUCCUAACUUUGAGACAGGCAUAUGCUGUUAGACAUCAGCUUAAGCCAGUCCAUAGGCCCUUAACCCCUUAAGGACACAUGACAUGUGUGACAUGUCAUGAUUCCCUUUUAUUCCAGAAGUUUGGUCCUUAAGGGGUUAAGUAAGGUACACUCCUAAGCUCCGCAAAACCCACACUAAUCCCCAACACUAAUGAAGACAUUUAAAAACUGUACGAUUAGGAGUGGAUCUGUAGCGACACUGUCCUUAUGACAGCGGCACCAUUACCGCAACAUAUUAAAUUCAUCCUUUUCGACAGCGACAUUUUGAUUGGCUACUUACAUCAAGGACAAGCAUAAACUCCGAUCUGAUGUUAUCGCACCCCCUUUAGGUCACUAAGUCCAGAUGAUGAUCAUUCAUGUUAGUCCCCUUUUUGUUUUCAUUGACAUCUCUUUUAUGAGCAAGACUGGUUUACACCAAAACCUUUGCCUUUCCUCAUACUGAUUAGUGUAGAUAACUAGUGUUGUAUUUCUGGGAAUGAAUUAAAUUCUGUCCCAAAAUGAAAAUCCCAUUUUAAUUAUUUAUUUCAAGCCCUGUUCAUUUGUAACAGUGCCUUUUAUAUAUUGUAUUUAGCAAUGUAUAUUGCAUAUUGCUAUGAGAUUUUAUUUAUUUCCAAAUUGCUUUCCUAGAGAGAAUUAUGUUAAAAUAAUAAUUCUUGAUAAUUUCCCCUUACAUCAUCCCUGUAAAACACACUCCUUCACUGAGAUGUUAAAAUGACACUAAACCUUAAAACUCUUAAAAACUGUUUUUGCAUUGAAUCGUCUGGAUAAUAAAUGGUAAAAUGCACAGUUA